AUGACAGGGGAGUAUCGUCAAAUGAUUUCAGGCCUGGUUCAUAAAGCUAAUGCUUUGGCUCAUGAUGCAUUGAGGGGGAGGCGAGGAAAUGCCCUUUUAAUGUUUCCUGUGAUCCAACAAAGUAUCAGUAAACUUCGGUCCAAACUACUUAUUUCUCGUACUCAUCACAAUGUCACCAGUCCAUCCACGCAUAAUGGCGAAUGUAGCAACCCUAUUUGGCAUGCCAUUUGGAUGGUCGAUGAUAUUGUUGGGUUGUUGGAUCACGUUGAAAGGGCUUCGAAGGAGGUAGUUGGUGACAUAUCUGAUUCCUCAGCCCGGGACAGAACUAUUAAGAAGACAGCACGAGGUUUUUGUGCUAUUACAAUCCAAGAGGUCUAUGAUCGUAUCCGGUUGUUUGACCCUACCAUUCAGCACCCUUUUACCGUCAAUCCUAGCCCAGUUUGGUCAUUCCUGGGCAAUCAUGCUACUGCAAGCUCAGAGAGCUCGGCUUCUGGUUCUGGUAAUGGCAUAUCCCGUGCCGAAAUUUCUGACUGGCGUGACAAUAUCUCGGUGGUUUCCAAUGAUGGGAGUUCUCAGUAG